AUGGAGUGCCGGUUCUUAGACCUGAAUCCUCGGUUAGAGCUGACUCAGGGCGGGCCGGGCCUGAGGAGGCCCUGCGCCUGGGACCCCGCAAGCCAGGGCCCCGCCGUCGGGGGCUCGGGCUUGGAGCCGCCACUCUGGUGCUGCUUCUGUGGCUCCACAGAUGUUGGAACACACGUUCGAGGACAGAGAGUGGCCUCUGGCUGUGAGAGGCACCCGGCUGUGACAGCUGUCACCCCGCUGAUGGCCACGGCUGGUCUGGCUGGUCUGGCCGGCAGCCGGGUGUCCCCUUCCUGCCUCACCGCUCCACGUGCGCCCCCGAGGGUGGGCAUCCGAUGGGAGAGGACCACCUUCCUGGACAGAGGAGCACGGUUGUCAGAGGUGUAG